AGCAGCCCCCGCGCCCGCCCGCCUGCCUGAGGUCCAGUCCGGCUUGGUCCGCUCGCGUCCCCUGCGCGCAACCGGCUCCCAGAGCUGCCUGGGCGGCGGGCGGGGGCGAGCGGGCUUUGGCGAGCCUGAGGAGGCGCAGGCCUGCCCGGGCCCCGCAGGUCUGCCUGUCUGCUUCCAGCACUCUGCAAGGCUAGAAGGACUAGCAAGCUGUCCAGAAUCCCUGCAGGCCCAGAACAGGAAAAAGAGGAGAAGUUUCAAUAUGGAAAAGCUCUGCAGUGAAAAUGAAGGAGAGCCCGAGAGCCAAGGAACGAUGGAAAAUGAAGAGAGGCCCCAGGAUGCGGGAAGGCCGGAAGUAGCUUAUACGCUGGAAGACAAGGAAAAGUUAGAAAAUGAGGGAAAGACAGAAGCUGAGGCAACGCUAGGGGCUAAGGGAAAGCUAGAGAGCGAGGCUCUGCCAAAAGAAGAAACGCCAGAGGUUGAGGGAAAACCAAAAGAAGAGGGGAAGCUAGAGAGCCAGGGAGAGCCAGAGAGCCAGGGAGAGCCAAAGGAAGAAGGAAAGCCAGACAGUGAGGAGGACCCCAAGGUCAAGGAAAAUCCAAAGCAAGAAGGCAAGCCAGCCAGUGAGCCAAGGGCUGUAGGAAAGCGCCCGGCUGAGGGUGAAAUCCCCAGGAAAGCCAAAAGAAAAACCAACAAGGGGCUAGCUCAGUGCCUGAGGGAACACAAGGAGGCCAUACACGACAUGCAUUUGAGCAAUGAGGAGAUGAUAAGAGAAUUUGAUGAGAUGGCUAGGGUGGAGGAUGAGGUGAGGAAAACCAGACAGCAAUUAGGGUGGUUUAUGUGGAUGCAAACAACUUUGCAGGGGCCUGAGGAAACCCAGGGUGGCUGCUGGGCCCCAGCAAAGGGGCUGUGAGGACAUUCCUUUCGUGUAGUGCCCCUGGUUGGCAUUUGCCAGGCCCUGUGCUUUAGACUUUGUGCUAGUCCUUUGCUUUAGCUGUCCCUCUUCUUAUCACUAGACUUUUGGCCCAACUAGAGGGGUGUCUGUCUCAGCAGUAGGGUUUUCACACAUGUGCACUGCAAAAUGUUAUGUUUCUUGGAAAAAUAAAGCAGUUUAUAAUAUACAGAAUCAGUCUACAUUUGUAAAAACAG